AUGGAUGGCAAACCUGAAUACUGGACUGACCUUAUCUGGCCUCAACCAAAGUUAAUUAGAAUCAAUUCUUCUUCUACUGGAUUCCCCUUCCCCAAAGAUAACAGACUCAAAAUUUACUUCUGCGAUGCAUCAAGUGGUAGUCCGCGAAGAAUGAUGCAGGCCAUACAAAUUAGCGCCCCGCUACUCUCCAGCGUUAAUCUGGAUUUGGAAUAUCGCGGACAUAAGACGGCUGACCAUGAUUCCUCGCCUUUGGAUGGAAAGGUAACGUGUGGCAUUUAUGAUGAUGGACGUCCAUUGGGUGCUUAUGCGUUGAAUAUCGAUCCGCGUGGUGUGGAAAUUGUGGCGAAUGAUUAUAGUGGGAUUCGUUAUGGUUUUGCUACGCUUGUGCAAAUUAUCAGACUUCAGAAAUUUGCGUCUCGCCAUGCUUCUGAUGGUACCAUGCCACAAAAUGUUAGUUAUGGUAGCUCGCUAUCCAAUGGUUAUUCAAAUACGAAUGAUUCUUUAACCAACGGAAAUAGUAUAUCACCAAAGAAUGGCAAUUCUGCUCCUCGAUUGCGCGAAUCAGCAGAACUACCGGGGAUGUUCAUAGAUAGUAUGAUACCUAGUCUCACAGUGCGUGAUCAGCCAGAUCGCCCUUUCCGCGCUAUCUUUCAGGACUUUUCUGGUUGUCGUAUCCUUAAUACAGAAACGCUGCUGCAAUUGGCUACGCGUCUGUCAUAUUGUAAAGCUAAUUAUCUAUUCGUGAAUUUUGAAGUACGCACUACGGAUCGAUACCAGUUACCGUAUACUAAUCGUGAUCUCUUUCAUAUGAUGCAAGUGUGCGAGGAGUUGUUUGUUACGCUGGUACCAUCAAUAGACACGCAAUCGAAUUACAUAGAAGCCAGUGCUGCUCGUGACAUCAUUGAACAUUUUCUGGACGACUUCCCUCUCAGCAAAACUGCACACUUUGGGCCAAACCUCACCAGCAUCCUUAUAGGUGAUAGAAAAGCAUUCAACGUCGUGUGCCCAGAAUCUUCCUAUCUUCUCAUGUUGACGAAAAAAAUGCCGCUUUGGUUCGCUUCUUAA